UUCAGUGUAUUCAUUCUCAGUGUAAUACAGUAAUAUAUCACAAUAUUGCUUAUGUUUUUCAAUAACAGACAGAGAAAUAGCUUUUUCAGCUGGACUGAUGGAAUCUGGCAGUGGAUAUACUGGUCCUUUUACCACUGAAAUCACACUAACCUACAAGAACGUCUUCACAAACAUAGGGAACGGCUACAACCCAAUUACAGGUGUUUUCACAGCCCCACUGAAAGGAGCGUAUAUGUUCAGAAUAUCUGUAUAUAGUACUGGCGGAACUGGAGCAACUGCAGCCAUUUUUAAGAAUGGAAAGAAAGUGGUUAUUGGACAUGAUUAUCAGACUCAGGGUGAGUUAAACGCCUCAAAUGGAGUUGUGUUGAUCCUGGAGGUUGGCGAUGUUGUCUAUGUGAGACUUUGGUCUGGCAGGAGGAUAUAUGAUGACCAGAAUAACCACUGCACUUUCAGUGGUUUCCUACUGUUUCCCUUAAGAUAACAGGAGCUUUGAAGAAUGUGAUUCUAAUAAUUCUGAACCUUCAGC